GCAGCUGGAGCAGGAGGACCACAAAGGGGAGGGCCGAACGGGCCCCCUCUCCUCCUUGCAGCAGAGGAUGUGAGCUCCUCUGAGUGGGCACUGUUUGUGAAAGAGCUCAGAGUCCAGAGCCUGAGCAGUCAACUCUAAUUACCAGGUGUUGUGAGCGGCUCCUGUCCCAACUGGACAUCCACAGGCCUCUCCAACUCAAGUGCAGCCAUAGAAGAAGAACUCUUGAGGCUCUGUCAAGCGUGGAGGCCAGAGAGAGAGAAACAGAGCGAGAGAGAGAGAAAGAUGGACACAUGCGCCUGCGCUUUGGAGCUGCUGGGGAUGCUGGUCUAUGUCGGAGCGUGGCUGUGCGCUUUAGCCUCCACUAUCUUACCACAGUGGCUGACCAUGUCCACUGCGCUGCUGGCGGUAGAGAGCUACGAGCUGGGCCUGUGGGAGACAUGCGUGGUCCAGGAUAUCGGGGGCAUGGAGUGCAGAGCUUAUGACACCCUGCUCGGCCUUUCCAGUGACCUCAAGCUGGCCCGCAUCCUCAUGUGUUCUUCCCUUGUUGUGGGCAUGCUGGGAAUGCUGGUGGCUAUACCUGGACUUUACCUGGUCAACAGCUGUAAUAAACACGGAGGCCACCAAACGAAGAAGCGUUUAACCAUCAUAGGAGGGGUGAUGGGAAUGAUUUCUGGAGUGCUGUGUCUGAUCCCCGUGUCCUACAUGGCCCAUUUAGCCGUGAUACAUUUCUUUGAUGAUCAAGUACCGGAUGUGGUGCCACGAUGGGAGUUUGGUGACGCCCUGUUCUGCGGCUGGGGCGGAGGAUUUCUUCUCAUAGUGGCCGGGCUCCUUCUGGUCACCUCUUGCUCAUGUUCACAGGCAGAGCCUGAGCCCGUGUUGGAGCAGAGAUACCAGGGGAUGAGUACAGAUGUUUCCUUUAGGAAGCGCUCAGAGUACGUUUAAGGGACGUUUCGUAAAUGAUUUACCUGCAUAGAGACAGCACAACACUAUCACCUGUAGAAUUGCACUCCGAACUGUUUGAAAAUAAUGAUGGAAAUAUCUGGAUUUAUAUCAAAGACAGCAUCUUUUAUAAGGGUUGCUUUAUGAAAAAAUGUUUUGCAAAACAGUGAUAAUGAGACCUUGUAGAAAACACCACCAAAUAUGUGUUGCAGUUAUUUUUAAUGACUCACCUGGACAAGCCAACAUUACAUUUUCAGAGAACCUGCUGUGAUCAGUAAAAAUACAUAUUUUUAAUAAAAAGCUUUAUAUUCCUUACUCAUGGUUGGCCUCAGCAUUAUAUCUCUUCUUCUCUGCCAACAAAGAAGAAAAUAUUAUUUCAAGUCUGUUUCAUGGAACACGUUAGCUUUUAAAAUACUGUGAUUGUAAGUUAUUCUUGAUACUAAAACACAGAGAAAGCACCCAUUAUCCUGUGCCUGGCUACGUUUGCUUAUGUGCUGUAUUGUGUAUUCACAUAAAGAAUUAUACUGAA